GUGGGUCUCUGAAUGAUGAAAAGGGCAGAAGAGGGUGGGCGACAGUGGUUGCUGUUAACCAAGGGCGGACUGACAACUCAUGGGGCCCCCGGGGCAAUAGGGGAUCAUGGGGCCCCGUGUCCUUGCCUACACUCAAAGCACACCCAAAAAAGCCUAUAAAAAGGUACCAGAGGCAUUUUAUGGGGCCCUCUACUGACCCUGGGCCCUCGGGCAGUGCCCAAGUGGUUGAAUGGUCAGUCCGCCCCUGCUGUUAACACAUACAGCACCAGAUAGCUGCCUAGGGG